AUGCCGCCGAAAUUUUCCGAAGAAAUUAUUCAAUUAUUUCGAGCAAGACCUAAGUUAAAGUUUCUUGAAUUACCUGAGAAACCACAACCUCAGCAAUUAACUGGAAUUUCGAGUGUUUUACCUUUUAUUAAAAGAGAAGAUUUGCCUCCUCUUGAAUCAGAACCACUUUUACCAAUUGACCAAAAACAUUUGGUACGUAGAAAGCAAAAAAAUGAAGAAAAUAACCAAAAAAUCGCAGAAAUGAAACAAAGAUAUAAUCCAAGAGCAAACAAAGCAUGCACAGGUAAUGCAAACAAUACUCUUUUUGUUUCAGGACUUCCAAAAGAAGUCACUGAGCAAGAAAUUGUAUACGAAUUUAAUCCAUUUGGUCGAGUUAAAACUGUAAAUUUAGUCAGAGAUCCAAAAACAAAUGAACAACGAUCAUACUGUUUUGUUGAAUACGAAACUGAGGCAGGAUUUAGAAACGCACUCAAUCACAAAGAUAAAUUCUUUAUUAAGAAGCCACUCCUUGUCGAUUUUGAAAGAGCUCGUACAAUUCCUAAUUGGAUACCAAGACGCCUUGGUGGUGGUGAAGGUGGUUUAUCAAGAAGAUUCCAACUUUCUAAAAAGGCAAUUCAAUGUCAAUUUGUUAAGAGAAGGAAGCGUGCUGGCUGGAGAUCUGGUAAGAGAUAUAAUAGUACUAUAGAUUUCAUCAGAAGAAGGAGAAAAGAAAGAUACGCACAGUUCGAUAAAACACGUGGAAAAGGUCGAAUAUCAUAUUCAACAUAUCGCCCUGACAAUAGUAGAUAA